AUGCAACACCUGCGAGCUGUCAGUGCCUGCUCCUCACACACACAGGAAGUGGUGACAGACGACAGGAAGUGCUUGGCCAGAGGGGGGGAUCCGAUCCACGCCGCAUCAGUCGCUAUCUGCACCCAAGAAGCUAACGCCAAAGAGGAAGGAAGGAAGGAAGGAAGAGAGAGAGAGAUAGGCACUCGAGGGACCAGGGGAGAGAGGGGGACAUGGGGGGAUGUGUGGGGGGGGGGGGGUGUAAAAGGAGGAAGUGUCCCCGAUGGUGUGGACAGGGAUGACGCGCUGUUGUGA